CGGUCCGUGGGGGGCCUGGGGCGCUCCGGCCUCCCCAGGGGGAGUGUCCCAGCGCCCAGCCCUCGCGGAUUCCACCCCGCGGAGGGUCGGGCUGUAGGGGUGUCCCCCUCGAAGUUCCCAAUGCCCCCUUUCGGCCCCGCUCAGGCUGCCCGGUGCCCUGACCCGCCCCCGUGAAUGAGUGGCCAGCGGGGCCAGGGAGAUGCCCGGCUGGUACCUAACAAUACUCAGGAGGUUGCUGGGCCCCACAAAAAGUUGGGCGUUGUUGGUCGAAUCUGAUUAACUGUGCUGCUGAGAAGACAGCUUUCAGGAGCUGCUAAGAUGGGCAUGAGGAUCAAACUUCAAAGCACCAAUCACCCCAACAACCUCCUGAAGGAACUCAACAAGUGUCGGCUCUCGGAGACCAUGUGCGAUGUCACCAUCGUGGUGGGGAGCCGUUCCUUCCCGGCCCACAAGGCCGUGCUGGCCUGUGCGGCUGGCUACUUCCAGAACCUCUUUCUGAAUACUGGGCUUGAUGCUGCCAGGACCUAUGUGGUGGACUUCAUCACCCCUGCCAACUUUGAGAAGAUUCUGAGCUUUGUCUACACGUCAGAGCUCUUCACAGACCUGAUCAACGUUGGGGUCAUCUACGAGGUGGCUGAGCGUCUGGGUAUGGAGGACCUUCUUCAGGCCUGCCACUCUACCUUUCCUGACUUGGAAAGCGCUACUGUGGCCAAGCCUCUGAGCAGCACCGGUGAGAGCCAGUCUGGUACUCUGCGUUGUCCUUCAACAGAAGCUGCCCAUCCCCUCGGAGAACUCCGGGGCAAUGGGGAACAUUUUGGUCCUGAUAGAAACUAUGUGUUGCCAGCUGAUGCUGGAGGAAGCUAUAAGGAGGAAGAGAGAAAUGUUGCCAGUGACACCAAUCACAGCCUGCCUCUCCCACAGCCACCUUUGCCACCAAAGACAGAAGACCAUGAUGCCCCGGCUCCGUUUGUAUCUCUUACUAGUGUGGCAGCCCAGCCAGUCCUAGGCUCUGUCAGCACGGGUGUCCGGACCAGCACGAGCUCUUGCCAGCCCUACAAAGUUCAGAGCAAUGGAGAUUUCAGUAAAAGCAGCUUCUUCACUCCCGACAAUGCAGUUGACAUCACCACUGGGACCAAUUCCUGUCUGAGCAAUAGUGACCACUCCAAAGAGCCAGGCUUUGUGCAGAUGGAUGAGCUCCAGCUGGAGGACCUGGGGGAUGAUGAUUUGCAGUUUGAGGACCCCACUGAGGAGAUUGGGACGGUGGAGGAAGUGAUUGAGCUGAGUGAUGACAGUGAGGACGAGCUGACCUUUGGAGAGAAUGACAACCGGGAGAAUAAGGCUAUGCUCUGCCAGGUGUGCAAGAAAGUUCUAGAACCUAACAUUCAGCUGAUCCGACAGCAUGCCAGGGACCAUGUAGACCUGCUGACAGGCAACUGCAAGGUCUGUGAGACCCACUUCCAGGAUCGAAACUCUCGGGUGACCCAUGUCCUCUCCCACAUUGGCAUUUUUCUCUUUUCCUGUGAUAUGUGUGAAACAAAGUUCUUUACCCAGUGGCAGCUAACCCUUCACCGACGAGACGGAAUAUUUGAGAACAACGUCGUCGUUCACCCCAAUGAGCCCCUGCCUGGGAAGCUGGGUCUCUUUUCAGGGGCAGCCUCCGCAGAGUUGAAAUGUGCUGCCUGUGGGAAAGCUUUGGCCAAAGAUUUUCAUGUGGUCCGAGGCCACAUCCUCGACCAUCUGAACUUGAAGGGGCAGGCCUGUAGCAUCUGUGACCAACGCCACCUCAACCUUUGCAGCCUCAUGUGGCACACGCUGUCGCAUUUGGGCAUUUCAGUUUUCUCCUGCUCUGCCUGUGCCAGCAGCUUUGUGGAUUGGCACCUCCUGGAGAAGCACAUGGCUGUGCACCAAAGCCUGGAAGAUGCUCUCUUCCACUGCCACUUGUGCAGCCAGAGCUUCAGGUCAGAGGCCGCCUAUCGUUACCAUGUCAGCCAGCACAAGUGCAGCAGUGGCCUCGAGGUACGGCCUGGCUUGGGGCAGCACCCAGCCCUCCAGAAGCGGAAGCUGCCAGCAGAGGAGUUUCUGAGCGAGGAGCUGGCUCUGCAGGGCCAACCUGGGAACAGCAAAUAUAGCUGCAAGGUCUGUGGCAAAAGAUUUGCCCACACAAGCGAGUUCAACUACCACCGACGGAUCCACACGGGCGAGAAGCCGUACCAGUGUAAGGUGUGCCACAAGUUCUUCCGAGGCCGCUCGACCAUCAAGUGCCACCUCAAGACCCACUCAGGUGCACUCAUGUACCGCUGCACAGUCUGUGGCCACUACAGUUCCACCCUUAACCUCAUGAGCAAACAUGUCGGUGUGCACAAAGGCAGCCUCCCACCUGACUUCACCAUCGAGCAGACCUUCAUGUACAUUAUCCAUUCCAAAGAGGCUGAAAAGAACCCAGACAGCUGACUGGGUCCCAGCACAGCCAGGGGAGUUCCUGGGUGGCAGCCAGGACAGUGAUUUUCUGAUGGCUGUUGGUCUCUUCCCAGUUGAAGCUACAGUUUUGCCUUGCUAGGAAUUCUGUUCUGUGUUGUUUUUAGAAGAAGUACAUAGCACAUAAGCUGUUACUGUUUUUGAGAGUGCAGCAGCUCUGUUGCAUUUACCUCCAUACCUGUUCUAGCCCAGGAGGGGCUGUGUUUUUGAUUCUUUUGAGGCUGGCUUUGGGGUCUAGUCAAGCAGUUGUGUCAGCUAGAUUCCCUUCCCAACCUCCCUAGUUUUAGUUUACGGAUAGGUUUUAUGCUGCUAAGAAUCCAACCAACAGCCUCACAGGAUAGAGGAGGUGAAGAGAGGUCCGUGUCUACACUGUGGGUAGACCUUCAACUGGGAUAACCAGCUGCGAGAGGGAUUUGGGAAAUGUGGUCAUUCAGCAAGGACUAGUCAGCAGGGCCACUCACCUCAGCUCCAGUGCCAACCCUUAACAGGGAAAAGGUGUCAGGGAUGGAGGUGCCUGCCUGCUCUCUGGCCCUGAUCUGCUGAUCGGCAGUGAAAAAAAAUCUUUGGGCGGCAAAGCUUUCUGUUUAGGUUACAAAGCUUUGGGAUGAGUCCUUGCCAGCAGGUGGGGUUGGUCCUGUGGUGCUGCCAGGUGCGGCAGCCUGGAUGGACAGGAGAGGAGACUCCCUCUUUUCUCCUUAUUUCCAAAGAAUCAUAAUUUUGUGGAGUGAUGGCCCAGGACAUCAAGACUUCCCUGUGAGGCAGAGAGGACAGGGAGCCACUUUGAUAUCUCUGUCAUUUUGGUUGCCUCCAGUGAUGUUGAGUUUCCUGGUGGAGAACGGGAGAUGUCUCUGACAGCAGCAGCAGCAGCAGCCUUGCCUUGCCUUAAUUUAUAUCCAGUCUCCCACCCAGGAGGGUUUGGCCUGUAAUGUAGAUGAGAAAACCCAGGAAGUGGUGGAGUGUUGGACUGUGAGCCCUUCAGGAUUAAAGGGACCUGAGUAACUGGUGGUGUGUGGCAGGGUGUGCGUUUUGUGUGUCCCAGUUAGGUAACUGGUUUUCUUUGUGUUAGCAGUGCUGAAGCUUUGACAACUCACCUGUGACCUGCUGGUAUUGAGCCUGUGUCAUUGCAUCACCUCCAGGGGGCACUGUUGGAUGACAGCUGGUUCAGGCCCUCCUAGGUGGCCCGGUUCCUGUAGCUCUUUGGUUCCAUUCUUAGUUGUUCUAUAAAGGGGUCUUGCCCAAAGAAGGUUGGAGCGAGAGGGUCCUUGAUCUUGUAUUCUCACAUGGUGGCACCUCAGUAGCUCAUACUACCUCACCCUGCUCAGGUGAGCUCUAGGAGUCCCUAGCCUCAGCCUGACACUGCCCCUGGUGGGUGGGACUCAGCAACAUUCCAGGAUGUUUCACAAGCAAGUAGUUCAACCCACAAAGCCUUUUUGGACAUUAAUAUUUAUUUAUUGUUUUGUUUUUGUAUGCGUAUUACCCAGCAUCUCUUUUGGGUAAGAGACUUCAGGAAAAUAAGUUUCUCCCAAGCAAGUAGCCAUAUACCAGUGGACUGACCUGGCCAGAGAUUUGGGGAGUAGUGAUGUAACGAGGGGGAGGCCAUGUCAAGCCUUUUAAACAAGUGAAUUUUCUUCCUUUAGGCAAUGGAUGUAAGUUCUAGAAAGUUGGGACCCAGUUAAAUUCCCAGACCUUUGAUCCUCCUUCUGUCCUGUGAUGGAGGAGAUUAGGGCUGGGAUGAGGGGAUCAAGUCAAGUCACAUGAAGGAGAUUUUUUACACUUUCUUGUCCUUCCUAAAUUUAGGUGGGCUCCUGUUCUUGUCUUUACUAAGACACACAGGUGAACCAAAGCUCCAUCCCUGUUGGGCCUGCUGCUUUUCUUUCCAACCCUGGAUUGAGCAAGCCUUAGAGUUAGAGCGCAGGGCCCUCCGGGGGGCUUUCUAGUUCCCCCUGGGUGACAGGACUUGUAUAAUGGCCAGUUGAAGGCCCACCUUUCACCGUCUAAACCCAACUUGGAAUAUCUCACGAGGAAAGCAGUGCUGACUUUUUACACUGACCAUUAAGAACUUAAGAAGGGAAUCUGUAAUACUCGACUACAAUCAGGUAUCUGCUAUUCUUCUGAAGCAUGAAGGAUCCUCAGACUUGAUGAGGUCUGAGCUUUGAAUGGUUGGUAUGUGAGAGGUGAUACUAGAACCCCGUCAGGUAGCCGAGAAUGGAUAGACACACCGGAGAAACCCUUUUCGUUAGUAGAGGGCAUCAUUUACGCUGGGUAAUUGGUAUACAUAACCUGAAACUGUGAAGAUUUCCCUUUUUGCCAGUAAACCAAAAAGUAGAUCCUUGAAAUUUUGCCCUUGAAACACUAAACAAAAAACUGCUCCCCCAUGAUCUCUCAGAGAAGUGGCUGAUCAGGGAGACCCAGUUGAUCCCAGUCAGACACGUAGCAAGCAGGAUCAGUAGCUUGCGAGGCUCAGUGACCAAACCCUGUCCCUCUGGGCAUCCCCCACAUUCACACAUGAGCUUCCUAUCCACAUGAAGUCAUGUUUGCUUCCUCUGCCUCUAGCUCACGCCUUCCUGAGUUGUUUUACUUGAAAUGUUAUAUUGUGGCAAAGGGCACUCUAGGAUACCUGGUGAAGGUGUUACUUGACUUCGUUGGUGUUCAUUUAUUGGAUCCUGUUGUUGUCUAGCACUGCCCUCUGCUGUAUUACUCUGAAGUUCUGUUUGACCCUUGAAUGUUGUCUCUUCUCCUCUUUCCCCGUUUUCUUGUUCAGGACUCAGGACCAGCUACAUAAUUCACUGAGCCCUCUUCUUCACAGGUUGUUGGGGUUUUUAAGACGGCUAUUGUAGAGCGUUAAACCAAAUUUGGGACCACUCCCAACUUGUUUGUUAAGGGGAAACAGCAACACUUAAAUGGAAUACCAGGAAAACCAUAGAGGCUACUUAUGGCCAGGGGAGAGGAUCAAUGUCCUGCACUCCAGUGACCCCUGGUGGUUCGUAGGUGCCUCAACACCCAUGGGAGUUCUGCUGAACCCUAAUAUUUGGUUCUAAAUUUUAAGUCCUAUGGUUCAGUGGCUAGUUGGGAAGAAAGGAGGUGGGGUGGGGGUUGGGCCCAAGUGACCCCUAAGAACCAGGAAGUGGGUAAAGUUCUUUUUCACUUCUGACCCGUCAGCACCACUUUGUUUUUUUUUUUUUUUUUUUUUUUUAAAGCACCACUUUGUUUUCAGGACAAACCUUUGGACUUAGAGAUCUUUUCCCCCAGUCAAGUUUUUACUACUGAUAAAUUUUCUUGCCUCUUGCUGUGUCCUAUUUCUCAGACCCCCACACCACUCGACUUCAAAAAUGAAUUUAUAUCCUUUAUAGAUGGACACUGAAUUCGUUGGCAGGGGAAGGGGCUGUGUGGGGCAGCCUGUGCCUGCUUGGGGGUCCCCAUGUGCCCCUUUCCCUCAACUGUGCACCGAGUGAGUCAGGAAGCGGGGUGCUCACCGCGUUCGUUUCAGUGUGAUUAUACAUCAUCAGCUUAACAUCAGAAUGCAAAUGAAACUUCUGAUUUUGCUGUUUCUUUAACACUCUUGUCCAAUCCACCUAUCCUCCCCCCUACCUCUAAUAGCUGAAAUCUCUUACGAAAUGGAGAAGAGGUGUUGAUGUCUAACUCCUUCCAUUAAAUUAAUAAGUACUGACCUCCUAAUAUUUAAGUGUUUACUAUCUAUUGCUGUAAAGUUUUGUACAUUUUGUAAACUUUUUUUCCCAAAUGGUAGAUGUCUAAAAUCGUUGUACAUCUGAUUCUUUUAUAUUCCAUUGUUCAGCACAAAGUGUGGUUUUUAUUUAGAAUAAUAAAAAAAAAAAAGAAAUUU